UUGCUUUUCAAAUGAGGCUUUGAGGUUAAUACGAGAGCUGAGUGUGAGUUUAGAGCCUGUUUCACUGAGACGAGCCGUCAGCACAGCACCGAGAGAAGGAAUCACCAGCAUCGAAAGCACAAGAUCGCAAUCCUCCAGACAGCAGCACAACUUUCAGCGGACUGAAACAACCUGUCAUCCAACGCAGCGAAGAUGCAGUGGAGUCUGCUUCUGCUCAUUCUGAUGGGUCAGUGUUAUUUCGUCAUGUGUGUUGAUCAUAAAGAUAAUAUGACACUGAUCAAAGAAGAGAAGACCUGGCAGGAGGCCUUGGAUCACUGCAGAGAGAAUCACCAUGACCUGGUCUCCAUCACCAACCAGACACAGCAGCAAUCGGUCCAAGAGAAAGUCAAGAAUGCCAAGAUGACAAACGAGGCCCAGACUGAUUUCAUCUGGCUGGGGCUGCGCUACACCUGCACCCUGGGCACCUGGUUCUGGGUCAAUGGUGAGAUACUCAGCUAUGACAACUGGAAUUCAAUACAAAGUCAUAACUGUGACUCUGCAGCAGCCAUGCAGAAAAAAGACCCCCAUAAGUGGGUCGAAAAGAAGGACAAUCAGACGUUUAAUUUCAUUUGUGUCGAUUAGAAAGUGUUAAACCCACCUGACCGCAGUGGGGACACUUUUCAUAUAUCUGGGGUAUUUUUUUUCUUUGCUACAAUACUGUAUAUGCACAUUCUGCUCUCUGGGUUUAUUGAACAGCAAUAUGACAAACGUAGAAAUUACUAACAGACAUUUGAUUGCUUCUACGUAUUUAAAAAAUAUUUAAUCUUUUUCGUUAACAUCUGGUGAUGGUUAUAAAAUGUGUGAGACCGUAUUUGAUUUACUCUGAUAUUAAUAAUAUAUAUUUCUGCAAGUCCAUGUGAAGUAAUAAAAGUCUUUUGGGAUAAACCAUGAUCCUCUCUUACCCUGAUUUCAAUUCACAUGAGUGUUGAGAUUUUUCAUCAUGUGUGAAACAGCUGAAUGUUGUGAUGGGAUUCUACAAUCAGGUUGGUUUAUUUAAAAUAUCUUGAUGGUCCUGAAACCUUUGACUCAGCUUGAGAGUUUUCUUACACAGUUUCUUAAUCUUUAAUCAAGUAGACAACAAAGACUGCGUCUGAUUUUACUUGGUUUGUUGAACGUCAAUAAAGAGCUUGUGAAAAUGU